AUGGCUCGAACACCCUCGAUACUUGAUAUACAAAAAACCUUAAAAAGAACAGAUAUAGCCGCACGACAAAAAGAUAAAUGGCGCGAUCGUUUGAACAAACAACAACUACUCACACUAAAUCUUACUUCGAAAGAGCAAAAACGGCAAGAAAUUAUCAAUGAAAUAGUUCUGACAGAAAAAGAAUACUUGAGUGAUUUGAAGUUGGUUCAUAAGAACUUCGGUAAGACGCCAGUUGAUGGAAUAUAUGUUCCUAUCGAAAUCGUGCGGAUGUUUAGUAAUAUUGCAGAUAUGAUUCGAUUGCAUGAACAUCUUUAUAUGUCCUUGCAAACUAGGCAGAAUCUGCAGCACCCUGUUGUGCAAUGUAUAUCUGAAGUAUUUCUUCCUUUUGUUGAAAGAUUCGAUAUCUAUUCGGCGUAUUUGGUUAAUUAUACCAACGCUACGCAGCAAAUCGAUAAAAUGAUCCAAAAUCAAACUGCAUACGGUGCCUUUCUAAAGGAACGAGAAAAAUUACCAGAUUGUCGUAAAUUGCCUUUACAAGCAUUUUUAAUUGCCCCAGUUCAACGUCUAGCUAAAUAUCCUUUAUUGUUUAAGGGGUUGUUGGAUGUUACUCCUCAAGAUAGCUCUGAUUAUAAUAACACUUGCCAAUUAUAUAAGCAAAUGGAUUCUUUAAUACGGAAAUUAGAAGAUGAGAAACGUAAAGAAGAUACACUUGAUAGACUUACGAGAUUAGAAUUGACGAUGAAGGGGCUAUCGCCAUUUAAACUUGCAAUACCAAAUCGUCAACUGAUACACGAAGGUGCUUUAAAACGUCUUAUGAUACCCACAACAAAACAAGUUUCUUCCGGAUCAUCACCUCAUUUCCCAUUAUUCUCAUUCGGAAAUGAAAGUUCGAUCUCUCUAUAUGUUUUCCUGUUCGAUGAUCUGGUGUUAUGGACACAAAAACGAAAACAAAAGAAUCGUAAACAAGAGAAAGAAGAGGUUUAUAAAUUAUUGGUUCCACCUGCAAAGAUUACACAUGUGAUGGAAAGACCAGAUGAUCAAGGAUAUUCGAAUUUAUUUGAGUGCACCUCGAUUCACAAUGGUCGCGCAACUUUUAUCUUACAGGCAAGUAGCCAAAAAGAGAAAUCUCGAUGGAUAACUGUAAUUCGAAGUGUACUCAAAAAGCAUACGAAUCGUAAUAGUGGGGAUCUUCAUGAUCAAUGGUGGUUUUAUUAUCACAUUAAAGAAGAGUGUCGUAAAAGUGGCGAUGAUAACAAAGACUCUUCAAGUCCGGAAGUUUCUAACGUAUUAUGGUCUUGCAUCUUAAAACAUGAGAUAUUACACGUUUCUUCACUUGAAGUUAUCGAACACAUUGGCACGAAAAGACCGUAUCCCAUUGUCACCGAUACUUCUCCUCCACUCCAG